AUGUCUGAAGCCUCAGAAAAGACCGUGUCGAACUUUGAGCUCAUCAUCAUCUCCUAUGGCCAUGCCCACGGUCCCCUCACCCUCUUAGAGCCUGGCACUGUCGAGCAGCUUACCUUUUCUGUGAGGGACAUGAAAAACCCUCCUGCCAAACUCCGGAAGACGCACACGGGAUUGUCCUCACAUCUACGCAAGGAAGUCAUGGCCAACCACGGCGCAGCUGCAAGAUUGAGUUUGAUUCUCGAGGCCGUGCGGAAGAAGAUGGGUGAGAUGAAACUUGCCCGCCAAGGGAUCGACAUAAGCGCAGAUUCACCUUCGUCGUCUGCGGCGCCGUCCACUCUUGUUGUCGGUAUCAUGUGUGAACGUGGCAAACAUCGCAGUGUCACAUUUGCGGAGGAGCUCUCGCGAAGCAUCCAAGCAGAUGAUUGUUGGGCAGUUUCGGUCCAACAUCGUGAGCUGGACCAAUACCCGCACCGCAAAGGUGCAGCCGUUCGGGAUGAGAAGGCACUGAAAGGAAACGGAAGAGACGGACGCAAGCCACGCAAGCCACGCGAUCUGGAGAGGAUGCAAGGUAGGGAGGCCAGAGACGAUUUUUGCGAGACGAUCCCCAAUAGGGACGAGGACAAUUGA